AUGUUAUCCAGGUUAAGAGCAGUUGCCAGGCCUGGCACUUCGGCAUGUCGUCAUUUGCACAUAAAAGAAAAAGGCAAGCCACUUAUGUUGAAUCCAAGAACAAACAAGGGAAUGGCAUUUACAUUACAAGAACGACAAAUGCUUGGGCUUCAAGGACUUCUACCUCCCAAAAUAGAGACACAAGAUAUUCAAGCCUUACGAUUCCAUAGAAACUUGAAAAAACUGAAUAGCCCUUUGGAAAAAUACAUCUAUACAAUGGGAAUACAAGAAAGGAAUGAGAAAUUGUUUUAUAGAGUACUGCAAGAUGAUAUCAAAAGUCUGAUGCCAAUUGUAUAUACACCAACAGUUGGUCUUGCCUGCUCCCAGUAUGGACACAUCUUUAGAAGACCUAAGGGAUUAUUUAUUUCAAUCUCAGACAGAGGUCAUGUUAAAUCAAUUGUGGAUAACUGGCCAGAAAAUCAUGUUAAGGCUGUUGUGGUGACUGAUGGAGAGAGAAUUCUGGGUCUUGGAGAUCUGGGUGUCUACGGAAUGGGAAUUCCAGUAGGAAAACUUUGUUUAUAUACAGCUUGUGCAGGAAUACGGCCUGAUAGAUGCCUGCCUGUGUGUAUUGACGUGGGAACUGAUAAUCCAGAACUCUUAAAAGAUCCGUUUUACAUGGGCUUGUAUCAGAAACGAGAUCGUUCACAACGUUAUGAUGACCUGAUUGAUGAGUUUAUGAAAGCUAUUACUGACAGAUAUGGCCGGGACACACUUAUUCAGUUUGAAGACUUUGGAAAUCAUAAUGCAUUCAGGUUCUUGAGAAAAUAUCGAGAAAAAUAUUGUACCUUCAAUGAUGAUAUUCAAGGGACAGCUGCAGUAGCUCUAGCAGGUCUUCUUGCAGCACAAAAAGUUAUUAGUAAACCCAUCUCAGAACACAAAAUCUUAUUUCUUGGAGCAGGAGAGGCUGCUCUUGGAAUUGCAAAUCUUAUAGUUAUGUCUAUGGUAGAAAAUGGCCUUUCAGAAGAAGAGGCGCAAAAGAAAAUCUGGAUGUUUGACAAGUAUGGUUUAUUAGUUAAGGGGCGGAAAGCUAAAAUAGAUAGUCAUCAGGAACCAUUUGCUCACUCAGCUCCAGAGAACAUGCCUGAUACUUUUGAAGAUGCAGUAAAUAUACUUAAGCCUUCAACUAUAAUUGGAGCUGGAAGGUGUCUGUUUGCCAGUGGCAGUCCUUUUGAGCCUGUGGAACUCAGAGAUGGGCGAGUCUUUACGCCAGGUCAAGGAAACAAUGUGUACAUUUUUCCAGGUGUGGCUUUAGCUGUUAUUCUCUGUAAUACCCGGCAUAUUAGUGACAGUGUUUUCCUAGAAGCUGCAAAGGCACUGACAAGUCAAUUGACAGAUAAAGAACUAUCCCAAGGGAGACUUUACCCACCUCUUGCUAAUAUUCAGGAAGUUUCUAUUAACAUUGCUAUAAAAGUUGCAGAAUACCUAUAUGCUAAUAAAAUGGCUUUCCGAUACCCAGAACCUGAAGACAAGGCCAAAUAUAUUAAAGAAAGAAUAUGGCGAAGUGACUAUGAUUGCAUGCUGCCGGAUGUGUACGAAUGGCCGGAAUCUGUAUCAAGCCCUCCCCUGAUAACAGAAUAGAAGCACUCCCACUGAUAAAUACUCUCCAUGCUUCAGGGACCCCUUUUUUUAAGACAAAAAGAUGACGUCCUCAGAUUUAUGGUGUUUGCUUUGUUUUAUUCUC